AUGUGGCUCCUAGCAGGUGCCCCGUAUGCGGCGGCCGUACUGUUUUUUGCGGUGGUAUACUUCUUUGUGUACCCCUUUAUAGUAUACAUCCGGGACCCCAAGGGUCUUAGGAAAUAUCCCAACAUGUCUCCGUUCUCAGGGAUGUCCGCUGUGCCAUUCAUGCUCCUCGCAGCAACUGGCUCCCGGUCAAAGAAGCUUGCGGAAAUGCACAAGAAGCACCCUGUUCUGCGAACAGGACCAAACUCUCUGUCCUAUGGCGAUGCCCGUGCAAUUAGGGACAUUUACGGCCAUGGUACCAAGUGUAUCAAGGACCCUUCCUACAUCGUCGGAGCUGGUACCCACUUUCACCUGGCCGAUGUCGUUGACAAGCUCGACCAUGCACGCAAGCGCAAGGUUCUUUCGUCCGCCUAUGCCCUGAAGAACCUCGAGACUUGGGAAUACAAGGUCACGGAUAAGGCUCAGAGACUGGUCAAUCAUUUGGACAAGGUCUGCACGGAAGCGCUCGCGAAAGGCAUGAGCAGGCCUGAUCCCAAGGACCUGACUGUUGACCUUCGGGCAUGGACGAACUUCUUCACGCUUGAUGCCAUCGCAGAUAUCGGACUAUCGGAGCACCUGGGAUUCCUGGACCAAGGACACGACCGCUGCAUCGCCCAGAAAAAAGAUGGCACCACUUACGAAACCAACCUCCGUGAAGCGCUCUAUCCUACCGCUCGUAAGCAGUCCCUGAUCAUUUGGGACUACGACUGGUAUCCGACGGUCAACAAACUUGUCAAUAUCAUUCCCUUCUUCAACCGAAUGCAGAAGUCAGCCGAUAACUGGGACAAUAUCGUCUGGCGACGAGCUACUCAUCGCCUCCAGCGCUAUCAGGCUGGUGAGAAGCUCGAAGACUUCUUCCAGGCACUUAUGGAAGACAAGAACGGCAACCCCAAUAACCUCGAAUGGGGCGAGAUUGUGGCUGAGAUAAACAUCAUGAUGAACGCCGGAAGCGUGACCACAGCCAUCGCCAUUGCCAACGCCGUCUACCAGUUAAUCAAGAACCCACAGUAUAUGAAGAAGCUUCGUGAAGAACUCGAUGCUGUUUUAGAUCCCGACGAAGUGGUUGCACCGUAUGACAAAGUUAAGCAUCUGCCAUACUUGCGCGCCUGUCUAGACGAGUCUUUGCGUCUGUUCCCACCCACUCCUCACGGAUUGCCCCGUGCAACUCCUGACGAAGGCGCUGAGAUCUUCGGCGAAUGGGUUCCCGGAAACACCACCGUCAGCAUGUCCGCAUUGGUUGCGCAUCGUGACGAGAAAGUAUUUCCUGAGGCUGACAAAUUCAUCCCUGACCGAUUCCUCGGGGAAGAAGGCAAAUCUUUGCAACCAUACUUUGUCGCGUUCUCUGCGGGAGCACGAUCCUGUAUCGGGCGCAACAUUUCCUAUCUUGAGCAGGCAAAGAUGGUUGCUACUCUUGUUCAUCGGUAUGAAUUUGCUCUGCCAUAUCCUGAAUGGGAGUUGAAACGUCUCGAAACGAUGAACUGGAUUCUGGGUGAAAUGCCUGUCAAGGUAUGGAGACGGAAUCUGGACCAACACGCUAAAGCCUAA